AUGGUAUACCACAAAGACGGCCUGACAUGGCCAGUGCUUCAGCAAGCGACGCCAUCCGAGUUCUACUUCGCGCAGCAGCAGCGCCCCACGCCUCCCCAGACCAGCGGCACGUUCUCGGACGCCGGAACCGACCGCCACCAUUCCGUCGACGUCGUCGCCGAGCUGCCGACCGGCGGCGGUUCCCACUCUUACGAGCAGCUCGCGGCCGCGACGGACGGGUUCGCCCCCGGCAACAUCAUCGGGCAGGGCGGCUUCGGGUGCGUGUACAGGGGGACGCUGGACGGCGCCGAGGUGGCGAUCAAGAAGCUCAAGACGGAGAGCCGGCAGGGGGACCGCGAGUUCCGGGCGGAGGUCGAGAUCAUCAGCCGCGUGCACCACCGGAACCUUGUCUCGCUGGUUGGGUACUGCAUCUACUCCGACGAGAGGCUGCUGGUCUACGAGUUUGUGCCCAACAAGACACUCGACUCCCAUUUGCACGGGCACAAUGGGCCACCGCUUGACUGGCAUCAAAGAUGGCAAAUAGCUGUGGGAUCUGCGAGGGGUUUGGCCUAUCUUCACGACGACUGUUAUCCUAAAAUCAUACAUCGUGAUGUUAAGGCGUCCAACAUUCUUCUCCAUCAUAAUUUUGAGCCCAAGGUUGCGGAUUUUGGGUUAGCAAAGUAUCAACCAGGAGAUGACACUCACGUUUCCACAAGAGUAAUGGGAACUUUCGGGUACAUAGCUCCGGAGUUCUUAUCUAGUGGAAGACUAACUGACAAAGCUGAUGUUUUCUCUUUUGGAGUCGUCCUCCUGGAGCUGAUUACUGGAAGGUUACCAGUUCAGUCAUCUCAAUCCUACAUGGAUGAGACAUUAGUUGGCUGGGCUAGACCCUUGAUUUCACAGGUUGCAGAGGGAGGCAGCCUUCAAGCCCUCAUCGAUCCACGACUUGGAAGCGACUACGAUCCGUCAACAAUGAUGCGAAUGGUCGAGUGCGCUGCCGCCGCUGUGCGCCAAUCCGCGCAGCAGCGUCCAUCCAUGGUUCAGAUCCUUAAACACUUGCAAGGGGAAACACGAGCAGAUGAUCCGGAUGGCGUUUUUCAAAUUACAACCGUAGAAGAAUCCUUCAGCUCCAGCAUGGAAUCCGGUGAAUCAGCUGGACCGAGGCCAAGAAGAACUCGGCGGAAUCAGGGGAACACUAGCAACAAUGGCAGCAGCGAACAAGCGUGAGAAAUGGAGCUCGGCCAGCGGCUGAUGAAGUGAUGAUGUUUUGUCCCAAGAUAAUCGAUGAUGGUGUAAAAUUGAGAUGAUAGGUUCAUUGCCUGAGGCACUCAUGCGUGCAGAAGAUAUAGUUUGUGUACCAAGGCAGAAACGUUGCCCAACAGAGACUCGGUUCUAUGAAAAACGCGAAAAAGUCAAUUUUGACAAAACCGCGGCAAAUUUGGGGUUA